UUUCAUGUUGUGACAUAAAACACUUGAUUUCAUGCCCUAUACAUCUCCUACUAUGUACAGGCAAGUAAAAAUUGAAAAUUGGCCCAGGUUAGAUUCUUAUUUUUAUACCAAAUAAUCUUUGAUUUUCUUUUAAUGGUUUUUGAAAUAUGGUUGUUGGCGUCCCCCCGUGACCCGAAGAGUAGGGACCUUAUUUUCAUUUCGAUGGUUUCUACCGUUAAUUGUGGGCUUUGCUACAAAUUUCCUGAAAAACUUUACUUUUUUUUUUUUUGGUUCCUGUGGGGUUUUUUUUGUAGGCAUCUAUGGGAAAAUGAUGGUUGGGGAAAAUUGAUCAACAGUUCAGGUCAACAACUGGAAAAAUCUCUGCAUAUCAAUGGAUAAUUUCACUUCUGUUUUUGAAGGGCGAAGGGAAUAAAGUGGAGGUUGACAAGAGUUAGGAACAACUUUUUGUAUCUGCUGGUAUCUAGUAAUUUUACUAUUUCUAUUUUCUUUGCGGUUUAGGGAAUUACUACUCGCUACAAAAACUACCUCAGGCGGGCAAGAAUACUUUGGCAUUGUUUGAGGUCUUUUUCAAAAGAUUUGUGUUUCAUAAACAGUUUUUCUGUUCUCUUCUUCAAAAUGAGUAAAAUCAGGGUGGAAGCACCACCACUGAAGGCUGCUUUUUGCAGGAAGGCAGGGAUUUCGGCUAAAAGUAAUCGAAGUGCAUUCAGCAACCUGUUCCAUGCAAGACGUACGAUGUAGCGUCUCUGGUGUCCGCAGCCUUGCAAUAUUGACCUCUGUGUCAUAUGAGGUUUUUGCAUUCAGAACGCGAUCAUCUUUAACAUGUCGCCCUGUGGAUAUUGUAAAUACUCAUGUAAAGGGAUUUUGUGCUUUUGGAAAAACAGUUUGAGGGGCAAGUUGAGUAUUUUCCAUAUGACUGACUUCUGAAAAGCUUUCUGAAUUUAACGCUGUAGAUUAGUAGGACUGGUGACCAAAGUGGAGUGUUGUAGCAGUUCGGCGGUUCUCGCGCCUUGUCUUUCUUAUGGUGGUCCCCUGCCAAUUAGCCUGCAGGUUACACUUCAGUUUGCUGAGCUUGAUAAUAUUAUAUACAGAUGAUAGAAGACUAAAAUAUAAGUGCUGGCCAGUCUGUCUUCUCCAUGUUGAGCCUCAUCUUAAAUAAAAACUACUGAGGGAGGAAGAUCCGAACAAUGGGAGACGGUUUCAGUGAUUGUUCAGGAAGUGCGUGCGACUCGUGCUGUUACAUGCCGUCACAGCAAAACAUUGAUGAGCAUAACACAAGCAAGUACUGACCGAAAGGGAGCGAAACUGAUAGAUCCUUUGGUGGCGUUGUUAAAAGUAAUGAAAUUGUGUGAAAAGGGUGAAAUGGAGGAAACAGCGACGUGGAGCUGAAGGAGAUGGAUCCUGCAUGUUAGGAGGAGGCACCGGUGAGAGUGGCAAGAGUACCUUCAUCAAACAAAUGCGCAUCAUCCAUGGGGCCGGCUACACUGAGGAGGACAAACGGGGCUUCAUCAAGCUGGUGUACCAGAACAUCUUCACCUCCAUGCAGUCCAUGAUCCGUGCCUUGGAGAACCUCAAGAUGCAGUACAAGUAUGAGCAGAACAAGUCAAAUGCUUUGCUUGUGAAAGACGUGGAUGUGGAGAAGGUGUCGUGCUUUGAAAUGCAGUAUGUAAGCGCAAUAAGGAUGCUCUGGGCGGACCCGGGCAUCCAGGAGGCCUAUGACCGGCGGCGGGAGUACCAGCUUUCAGAUUCCACCAAAUACUAUCUCACUGACCUGGAUCGUAUUGCCGACCCGUCGUAUCUGCCAACCCAGCAGGACGUGCUGAGGGUUCGCAUCCCGACCACGGGGAUCAUCGAAUAUCCAUUCGACUUGCAGAGCAUCAUAUUCAGGAUGGUCGAUGUGGGUGGGCAGCGAUCUGAGCGCCGCAAGUGGAUUCACUGUUUUGAGAACGUGACCUCCAUCAUGUUUCUGGUGGCCCUGAGCGAGUACGACCAGGUACUGGUGGAGUCCGACAACGAGAAUCGGAUGGAAGAAAGUAAAGCACUAUUUAGGACAAUAAUCACGUAUCCUUGGUUUCAAAACUCUUCAGUCAUCUUGUUCCUGAACAAGAAGGACCUGCUGGAGGAGAAGAUUAUGUACUCUCACUUGGUGGACUACUUUCCAGAGUUUGAUGGUCCCCAGAGAGAUGCGCAGGCAGCUCGGGAAUUCAUCCUGAAGAUGUUUGUGGACCUGAACCCAGACAGCGACAAGAUCAUCUACUCCCACUUCACCUGCGCCACCGACACAGAGAACAUCCGCUUCGUGUUCGCCGCUGUCAAGGACACCAUCCUGCAGCUCAACCUCAAAGAAUAUAACCUGGUGUGAAUGCCAGCGAGAGGCCGCAGUCAAGGCAGAGCGCGGACAACGCACAUCUGAGGCGAAACACACACAUACACACACAUAUACACACACACUUAUAUACAUAUGCGAGUGUCGCUGAGCUUCAUCCACACGCCACCCAGACCUCCUCGCUUCCUGAUUCUGUUUGUGACUCUUGUCUGUGUUUCAUCACAGCCUCCCCAGAGACCCACGGUCUGCUGUUUUUGCCCUUUGACACACUGGCUCCGCCCAUUCGUGGCAUUUUUGGGGGCUCCUCAUUCCCUCCAUAUCUACAGCUCUGACUUUCUGCACAGGCCCUUACACUAGCUUUUACACUGAGUUUGUUUCGUUUUCGUUAAUCACGUUGGUUCAGCGUUGUCCUAUCGAAAGGGUCACCAUAGCUGUGGUAUGAGUGCUAAAUUAGUGAGCUGCUUGGGAUUUGAAGCAUAAAUCGGGAGAGUGUGACAGAACACCUGGAAGGCGUACUCUGCGGGGGGUUGGGCUCUUGGACCCAAAGGAUUGUGGGAAACCUGUAUGAACAGGGCUGUAAUAGUCAGUGACGCCAAGUGUGGUGUCUCAAGGAUACGCUGUGUUCGCCGAAUCAAGCGUGAGCUUAAUUUUACGUUGGUAAAUAUAACUACAUGCAUGAUUUUCACAUCUACUAGAAAACGUAAAUCUGAGAGCAGGAGAGAAACAAUGUGUUGAAUAUUCUGAACAUGUAAAAUUUUGCUAUUGCAACUGAAAUUGUUAUAAACUUCCCAGUCAUUCGGAGAACCAGUGUGUAAACACGGGGUUAAUGAUGCCCUGAAGGAUGGUCAGUUUUUUGCCGCUUUUAUAUAUAUUUUUUUCUGUCCCCAUGUUCCUUUUUUUUUUUUUUUUUCUUUCUCUCUUCCUAUUUUCGGAUCGGUGUAUUUGCAUGUUUCGGCAUUUUGUAUAGUUUUAAAUGGUCCCAUCUCGCGCCGAAUGAAUAACAACUGACGGCAGCCUGUUCACGCCCAUUAAUCUCUACCGAAAAGCCAGGCAACACAGGAGCUCAAAAUAUUUGGUCUUCGUGUGAGGAACAGAAAUGUAACAUCAACCUGUGCGAGUGAGGCAACUAAGUACGAAGAGAACUGCGAAACAAAAUGGCAUGAGACAAAAAGCCCCCCUCUAUUCUUAAGUUGCACUUAACUCUUGUGAAUGACAUUACAUGAUACUGUGACUAUUUUUAAGUUAUCGAAAUAUUACAUGCUGUAUUUGUAUUUAGAUGACAGAACAGUUGCAAGCAAUAGUUUGAAGAGUAAACGCUGAGCUGAACAUAGCAUAAUGUUGUUAAUGCCGACUAACGUGCUUAGCUUAUUCAUAUCAAACAGAUGUUCAGUUUUGAACGGAAUUUUUAUUAGUUUGUUUAUAUAAGGCCAGCUUUGUGGGUGUUGAGAAUCUUUCCUAUCUUGAACUGGUACCUCCUCAAAGUAGGGGGCGCUGUCUGAACUGCUGUCUGAAUCCUUAUGGGUGCAGUAAUCGGAUUUUCCUCAGUCUCUAUACGCAAAAAUAUUUAUCGUUUGUUCGUAUCAGUCAGAUAUUUAAGUCACUUUGGGUCUGAGUACAAUUAAAAUUUUAAUGUAGAAGCAAAGCUUUAAGCAAGCAUUUAAGAGAAUUUCAUGAUAAUACCUUCUCCUGGUUCCCUUUUUGAAGAAAACGUAUUUCCAAGAUCGCAUCGUUAGUCAUUUCCUUCAUUGCAGUUGUCUUUGCAAUGUAAUUCAGGUGAAUUUCCAGACAUCUUCAUUAAAAGGGCUAUUAUAUUGCAUACAAUUUGAACAGCCGGAGGUUUUAAAGACAAGACCCUGGGUGACAGAAACGGGUGCAAUUUUAAUGCACUUUUAUUGGACUACGUUAAUGGCUACACUACAUUAAUCAUCGCUUGCAGGUCCAGAAUGUAAGGAAUAGGUUAGGUUCAUCUUUGUUACCCUCAUCUGCUUGCUCUGAAGAUGAGCUUAUGGUGAGCAGGGCAGAACAAAACUUGACACGCUUGCAUUUCCACUGAGAGUGGUGUGACACUGCUAUGGUAUUGUAGCCGGGCUCAGAUGCUGUGUAAAAUGUCCUGGAUCAUGCUUCCGGCGCCUCUGCGUGACUGGAGAGGCCUACUCCCUUUUACUUUCUGAAGCGUAGUGGCCUGUGUGCUUCACUUUUGUUAUAUAUCGCUCAAAGGUAACUGCCAGGGGGUGUUGACCGUUUACCGUGGGCGGGGCUAGCUUUAGGCACCGCCUCUCUGAACACUUAUCGGGAACCGAAGACACAUUUGGUGGCACUUUUUGUAUGUAUAUAAUUAUUUUUAUGUUUCGUUUUCUCCAGUGGUACCAGUACCAAGACACUAAGGCUGUGUUCAGUGAGCACCGGGGUUCUCCUCCUAUGCCUGUACAAUUAGCAUCUUCGCAAGGACUGAAGAACCUGUUCUAUACAGGCUUAUCAUUGACCCCUCAGCCCCUUUUGUAUCGUUUUCAUGAUCUGUAUAAACAAAUUACCUGGGAGAAUCUCUGAUUUUUGUUAAUGCAGCCCAGUUCUCUUUAUAUUAGUGCUGUUAAUACCACUUUCCUGUGUAUUUUUAUAGUGCUUUGCUGUGCUGUUAUAUGAGGAGAGACGCACUGGAAAUCAAACGUGGUUUUCACAUUUAGCCUCAACCUCCAGUGCUCAGCAUCUACGAAAAUUGCUACAGCUUUCAUGUUAGUGCGUAUUAUGAAUCGCAAUUAUCCCAUUUUUUUCAGGGGUAAAAGUGUUUACCUGUUGUUUUUCAUACAUUCGUAGUUUUUAUAGGGCUGUAGCAGCUCAGUGUGGGUGGCGCAGCAAGGCAGUGGGUCUCAUAGCUUUUAAGAGCAUCUUUUUAGAUGAUGAUUUGCUGUGUGUCAUUGAAAUACUACCAGUAUUUUACACACACGCUUUUGUCACAGUGUUCAGUGGGUCUUGAUUAACGACAGACCAUUUUCUUUCUUCCACUGCUUCAAAGCUAUUAGACAUGCUGCUGUAUUUGUAAGCUUUUUGUAAUCCCCCCCCCACCACAACCACAAAUCUGAAAUGGACAGAUAUUCCUUUAUGCUGUAUUCAUCAGUGCGCACUCUGCCCUCUGCUAGCUCGAUAAACAUCAUUGGCCAACUUCCUGUUCCUCUUCACUUUGAGCGACCCCAGCAUGUUUUGAGAAGAGCUUGCAUCGCUACAUUCAAGCUGCUGCUCUCUCGGUGAGCUGUCGACAGAAGGUGUCACUGUAGGCCAACGAGAGGGACAGGACCCCAGGCCUUCAGCCCACAGCUAAGCACAGACCGGUUUCGUUUUAUCGGAGUCUCCCGGCUGCAGGUUGUGCUCCAUUCCCCCGUUGCAGGGUACGCCACACCUUGCGGGCAGUACCCUGUGCUAUUGAUCUUGUACGAUAUAUUGAAGCUUUACUGCAAGUCGAUAACUUCCAACCUUGGCUCAAUAGGUGUAUAGGAGCUGUUAAAGAUAUGCUGUCAAUUUCCUUUAAUUGGGCAGCAAAUGAUGGGUUAUUCUGAUCUGUAGCUAGACAAUACUCUGAGGCUGAUGGAACUCGAUGUAUUUCUACAUGUGAGUGACCACGGAUACCUCGAUAAGCACACUGCAUCCCGUUUAAUUAGUGUUCUGCUCAUUUCGAGCAGUAAGAAGUCGCUCCAAGCUCGUUGGACUUUUUAUUCUGUUGGCUUAUCCAAUGAGGGGAAAAUAUGUAUUUUUAUGUUUUUUUUUCUUUUAUAUAGUCAAAUUCAUUUUUGAAUUGUUGUUUAUUCUUGCUUGUGGUUAAGUGUUCUGAGAUCAGACAGUGUUGAGUUGCUCAAAGUAAAUAAUCUGUAUAUUCUGGAUGGUAUUGUAAAUUAGAAAAACUAUUGUUUAAGGUUUUUGUUGUCUUUAUAGUUGGAUUCAAAGCACUAAAAUUAUUACCAUUUCAGUUGUGUGAUCUUACAGUAGUGCGGGUGAUGUCGGAAAUGCCGAGAAACCCAGUUUCCUGAUUGUUUACCACAUGGAUAAGUGACACAUGACUUUCUCUGUCGAUGGGUAACAGUUUUGUAAAAUGUUUUGUUGCAUUAAUUUGCCAAAUUUGUAUAUUGAAAUAGACAUGUGGAUAGUUCCACUUGCAAGGCUAUAAGUAGCGAAACAGAACUGAAAGUUUAAGAUGAAAAUUAAAGUCCCAGUAGAUGAAUAAAAAUAGUGUAGACUGGGUCUCCAUUUGUACUACUAAAUAUUUGGAGACUUAAACAUGCUUAUUAAAAUUUUAAAAAGGUACCACUUAAAGUGCUUAAAACCGGUUGACUCCUGAGUUCAUUUAAAAUGAUUCACUCACAGUGUGUGAAGGUCUUUAUAUAUUAGGGAUUGUAAAUGGCUAAGUUAAUAGGACUGCCUGGCAUUUUCCCUGUGGUGACCUCUGACCCGUGCUGAGCCAGUGCACUGAACAGCCCUUUGAAAUACGGGCCCUGCACAGAUUUGUGAGUGUUCACAGCCGCUGCUUGAAACUCACUUCCUGGUGUCCUGAGAUGUUCUUUCUGGCUGGGGCUGAGGUCUGAACUGAGACGGUGAACAUUAACGUUAAUCCCAGUCCCCCCCCCCCUAUUUUUAAAAAAAAAUUCAAUAAAUUAACUGAAUGUUUAUUUUCUUUUUUAAAGAGUAACUGCGUAGGUAUGUAUAAAUUGGUAUUUGUGUUUGCUUUUCCUUUUUUUAGUAUACCAGAUGUAAAUGAUGUACUAUAAUGUGUGCCAAUUCUUUCUUUGUAGAGCCAAACUCUUUACAAGUGCCAAUGUUGUGAAGAUAAAAAAGGGGCCUUUGUGUUUUACGGUCCAUUUUUUAAAAGGAAAAAAAAAAACUUAAUAUGUGAUAUAAAUAAAUGACUGCUAACUUUAUUCUGUAUUUAAGAUUACUAAGAUAAACUGCUGUUUUUAAAUAAUUGUCUUUGAAUUGCAUGUGUUUGGGUUCGGGGAAGCGGACAGCACAAAACCCCGUGGAACAGGGUCCUGAUGGUUGUUGAUUUGCUGCAUAUUAGCCAUAUUUGUUUUGUAUUCGUUUCAUUUUGACCACUGUUGCCUGAACAUCAUUCAGACAUAAAUGAUUUUCUUAGCGUACAAAAGAAAAUAAUUAAAGCAUUAUCUGUUUUAAAUAUGAAUAAAAUUUGUUCCUAAA